AUGAUUAAGAUCUCCUUCGAGGGAAGCCAAGGAGGCAUCGGCGUGAACUACGGAAGACUAGGCAGCAACCUCCCCCCUCCCGACCGAGUAGUCUCCCUCCUGAAAUCUCGAAACGUGACGAGAACUCGUGUUUUCAACCCCGACCAAGAUGUCCUCCGAGCUUUCGAAGGCUCCGGGGUUGAAGUGACGCUCGGCACUCUCAACGGCGACCUCCCCGCCCUCGCUUCCGACAAAUCUUUCGCUGCCGAGUGGGUCAACGAUAACAUCGUCCCGUUCGCGGACUCCGUUGCUUUUCGCUACAUCACCGUCGGUAACGAAGUGAUACCGAGCGAGCUUGGCCCCGCCGUUCAGAACCUCGAGGAAGCUUUACGCAGCGUGAAUCUUCAAAUUCCCGUUACCACGGUCGUAGCCACGAAUGUGUUAGGCGUCUCGUUCCCGCCGUCGCAGGGCGCGUUCUCCGAGGCCGCAGGGCCGAUCAUGACCAGUUUGCUCGCAUUCCUGGCGUCCAAAAACACACCGCUUCUGGUGAACGUCUACCCUUACUUCGCUUAUGCGGCUGACCCCAAAAGUUUUAUACUGGACUACGCGCUCCUCAACACCACCAAAGUCAUUGUUCACGAUGGCGCUCUUGGUUACACGAACCUGUUCGAUGCAAUAGUCGACGCCGUUUACUCUGCGAUGGAGAAGGUCAGCGCGUCCAGUAUUGACAUCGCCGUGUCGGAGACUGGGUGGCCAUCAGGUGGUGGACCUGUCGCAGCGACGAUAGAAAAUGCGAGGAUAUAUAACAAUAAUGUCGCGGAGCGCGUCAAGGCUGAUGUUGGAACUCCAAAGAGGCCGGGAAAGUUUAUUGAGACGUACUUGUUUGCUUUGUUCAAUGAGAAUCGCAAGCCGGAGGGCACUGAGCAGAACUUUGGAUUGUACUAUCCCAAUAUGACCGAGGUUUAUCGUGUGGAUUUAAGUUAGGGAGGGCUAAAUUUUGGAUUUUCGGAUAGUUUGAAUUGA